AUGAACUCACAUCUCGUUUCGAUCCACUCAGAUGAUGAGAAUAAUUUCAUUUACGAUCUAAUCUCCUCAAAUGUUGUCUACGAUUAUUACGCGGCUCCAAACAGUGAGCCAUGUUACUUCCAAUAUGCUUGGAUUGGUUAUUUCGGAAAUGGAACACUUGGAACCGGGCAAUGGAGUGAUGGAUCGAAAGUCGAUUAUAAUGGAGGAGCUGCGAUCACGGAGAACUUUUAUUGGGCGAUGGCCAAUGAUGAUUCGUGCGAGAGGAAGCUCUGGGACAAUGGCCCAGAUGAGCCGAUCAGUUCACGAUAUGUAUGCAAAAUGGCACCAAAUAAGAAA